AUGCCUGACGGGCAGGGCAGGCUGGUUAGACGAGGCACCGCCAGAUCACGAUCUGGCUGCAUCACUUGCAAGAUUCGACAUGUGAAGUGUGGCGAGGAAAAACCAAACUGUUUAAAAUGCGUCAACUCGGGACGGAAAUGCGAUGGCUACAGUACGGCAACCCAAAUGCAACAUCGAGCCAGACUGGAACAGGCUUAUCGUCGACCUACUAUGUCCUUCAGUGCAGAUCACACACUAGUGAUGACCCCGGGUAGCAAGCAAGAGCGCCAGUACCUUAACACGUUUUAUGCGCAAGGUGCCGGGUGUGUGAGCGGACUUAUUUCCUCUGAUCUCUGGAAUCAGCUUAUCCCACAACUCAUCCAUCAACAACCCAUGAUUCGACAUGCGGUGGCAGCUGUAAGCGCAGCCUGUUUAGAGCAAUUUUGUCCCAUCGGAUCUUCCGUUUCCCAGAACAGUGUGGUCGCACUCCGGCAAUAUAACAAAGCCAUCAAGGAGUUUGUGGAUUUUGCAUCGAAGGCUCAAAGUCAAGAAUUCGAGCAUGUGCUUGUUGGGUGUAUCCUGUUCAUAUGUUUGGAGAUGGUGAGAGGUGAUCAAGAUCAGGCACUCAGUCACCUAGAUGGUGCACUCCAACUCAUGCAGAGAUACCGAGCGAGAACAGGCGAUCGCGCCUUGGAUAGUCCAGUAUUCCAAUUCCUGUGUCGUCUCAACAAUCAACAACCUUACCUUGGUCGAGCAAUUGUUCCCCUUGAAUCCGAGGCCGAUUUUAAAGAGAUGGACAAGGAGCCCAUGCAUUUUGACAACAUCGAGCAGGCUCGGGCUAUAACCACAACCAUGCAGCGGCGUACUAUAAUGUUCAACGGAUCGAUGUCUUUAAACGAGAACGGAGAAAUAGCAACGGAGAAAAUGCAACAAGAAUACAAUGCGAUCUUGCAGAUGGCACCAGCCUGGGAAGCAGCCUUCCAGAAGUUCAUAGUGGAUUCCGCUAAAAAGUCCAAGUCUCUUGAUCCUCGCGCAAUUUUCGCCAUGGAAAUCGCGCAUCAUACUUGUACAGUGUAUGCAAAGACCUGUUUAUCUCACAUUGAAUCGGACUAUGACGUCCACGCGUCUCAUUGGGAAGCGAUCAUCCAUGCAGCAGAACAGAUCUUACUUCUUAGCGUGGAUCCACAAAACAUCACCUCACCACUUUCAAAGCUAUUCUCCAUAGAGGCUGAAAUCACACCCAUGGUCUCCUUCACAGCUGCUCGAUGUCGGGAUCCCUUGCUUAGACGUAGAGCUGUGUCCGUCCUAGCUCGCCAUCCUAAACGAGAAGGGUUUUGGAAUACGAAGGUCGCCCAUAGACUUGUGGAAAGGGUUGUUGAAUUUGAGGAGGCGCCUCUUGCUACCCUGCCCAUUGAACAAAGGAUUCCGCUGGAACAUCAGCGCUUAUGUCUCGCGUAUGCCGCUGCCACGCAAGGCGUGUAUCGGAACCCUGUUCCAGUGUUCAUGAUGUGGAAGCCAGACGGGCCGAAAACCGCGGUAAAGACCUGGUGGGAAUAUUUAAACUGGGAAUAA